AGACGGAGAGAAAUCUAACGAUGCUCAAAGAAGCAGAGAUUCAGAGAGAGAGAGAAGGAGACUGCGAUGGCGCGAACUUCGGCGGCGAUUGGCCGGUCCGCUGCCGCACCUGCGGUCAUGCUUAUCCUCCUCUGCCUUUUCAUCCAGCCAUCAGUCUCCAUCUACUGCGACGAGGAUGAUUGCUACGAUCUCCUAGGGGUUUCUCAGAAUGCCAAUGCUUCAGAAAUCAAGAAAGCCUACUACAAACUCUCCUUGAAAUAUCACCCGGACAAGAAUCCGGAUCCGGAAUCGAGGAAGUUGUUCGUUAAAAUUGCAAAUGCUUAUGAGAUUUUGAAAGAUGAAGCCACAAGAGAGCAGUAUGAUUAUGCAAUUGCACAUCCAGAGGAGGUAUUUUACAAUACAGCUCGCUACUACCAUGCAUACUAUGGUCACAAAACAGAUCCCCGUGCUGUCCUUGUGGGUCUUCUUUUGAUUCUCUCAGCAUUUCAGUAUCUCAAUCAAUGGACAAGGUAUAAACAGGCUGUAGACAUGGUCAAGAAGACUCCAGCUUACAAAAAUCGAUUACAGGCACUGGAACUUGAACGCAGUGGAGGGAUGACAAAGAAGAAGAAGAGCCAAAAACAGAUGAACAAGAAUUUGGAAGAAGAUCUCAGCAAAGAACUGGACUUACAGAUAAAGGGUGCUGAAAAACCUUCCAUUUGGCAACUUCUUGGUGUCCGGUUCAUACUUUUACCUUACACUAUUGUAAAGCUACUGUUAUGGCAGGUCUGUUGGUUCUGGAGAUACCGGGUUAGACAAGCUCCAUAUUCUUGGGAAGAUGCUUCAUACCUAACUCAAAGAUCCCUGGGAAUUCCUUUUGAUUCAUGGGAAUGCAUAGUUCAACUACAUUCCCACCUGAGGUUGGUGAGGUAAUGGUGUAGAACAGAGAAAAAGACCGAGAAGGGAAAAGAUAUCUGAGAAGGGGGAAGAGUGACGAGAAAAGGGAGAGAAUUCCCAGGGAGAGGAAAAGGUAAAACCUUCAAUAUUCAGUAAAAAUUAAUAAAUAAUUUGAAAGGCUGCUAAAAUUUUUACUAUGAAGACAUAUAUUCUACUGAUAUUGGCAAUUGCAACUAGAAAAGAAUUUAAUAAUAAAACUCCAGUCAUACUAGAUGACCUGAACUCUAAUUCAUGUUGAGAAUAAAAUUAGUAAUAACACCAAUAUACCGAGCGUCAUCCCACGGCGAUAAAAGCUUAGUUUAAUGCGUUCAGUGGCAUGUGUCAUAUGGAGUUGUUGUCUACUGGCUUCUUGCUAUGUCCUUCAUGGGUCUGGAUCAAACUUGGUUUGACCCUGCAAAGCCCUCUAGGGCCUUAUUUGUGUGAAAAAGGGAAAAUGGGAAAAGAAACAAAACCACUAAAAGGAGGAACAGAUACAAAACAUGACGGACCAAUUUAUGACAAUAAUUAAAGGCCAUCUGGCGUACUGAGUGAGGGAUUCCAAUCCUCCCUCAUGUCACUUGUAGUCUUGUACGGUAAGCAUUCCUUCUGCAAUGUUUC